GGGGGGGUUCUGCUCCUCGCAACAAGAUGGCGGCGGCGGCGGCUGCAGCGGCGGCGGCAGCGGCGGGAGGCGCAGGGGGGCCCCCCCCGGCCCCGCGGCUGCCCCCGGCCCCGCCGCCCCCGCGGCCCCCCGGGCCCGCCCGCAUCGGCUACUACGAGAUCGAGCGGACCAUCGGCAAGGGCAACUUCGCCGUGGUGAAGCUGGCCACGCACCUGGUGACCCGCGCCAAGGUUGCCAUAAAGAUAAUUGAUAAGACGCAGCUGGAUGAAGAGAACCUGAAGAAGAUAUUUAGAGAAGUUCAGAUCAUGAAGAUGCUUUGCCACCCACAUAUCAUCAGGUUAUACCAGGUUAUGGAGACGGAGAGGAUGAUUUAUCUAGUGACGGAGUACGCUAGUGGAGGGGAAAUAUUUGAUCACUUGGUGGCCCACGGACGUAUGGCCGAGAAGGAAGCCCGGAGAAAGUUCAAGCAAAUAGUGGCUGCUGUCAACUUUUGUCACUGCCGUAAUAUAGUCCACAGAGAUCUGAAGGCAGAAAACCUACUUCUGGAUGCUAACCUUAACAUCAAAAUAGCAGAUUUUGGGUUCAGUAACAUCUUCACACCUGGUCAGCUGCUUAAAACCUGGUGUGGGAGUCCUCCCUAUGCUGCUCCAGAGCUCUUUGAAGGAAAGGAAUACGAUGGGCCAAAGGUUGACAUUUGGAGUCUCGGCGUGGUGCUGUACGUGCUGGUCUGCGGCGCUCUGCCCUUCGACGGGAGCACGCUGCAGAACCUGCGGGCGAGGGUGCUCAGCGGGAAGUUUCGCAUUCCGUUUUUCAUGUCCACAGAAUGUGAGCAUCUGAUCCGCCACAUGCUGGUCCUGGACCCGAGCAAGCGGCUCUCCAUGGAGCAGAUCUGCAAACACAAGUGGAUGAAGCUUGGGGAGGCUGAUGCGGAGUUCGACAGGCUGAUAGCAGAGUGCCAGCACCUGAAGACUGAGAGGCAGCUGGAGCCGCUGAAUGAGGAUGUGUUGCUGGCCAUGGUGGACAUGGGGCUGGACAAGGAGCGCACGGUUCAGUCAUUAAGAGCCGACGCUUAUGAUCACUACAGUGCAAUCUACAGCCUGCUCUGCGACCGUCUCAAGAGACACAAGAAUCUGCGCAUUGCGGCAUCUCCAAGUAUUCCACGGACCAUGACCUUCCCCACCUCUGCUAACAUCCAGGCCGAACAGACAGGCAACACCGUGAGCAUCAACGUGCCACAAGUCCAGCUCAUCAACCCUGAAAACCAAAUUGUAGAGACUGACGGAACAAUGAACUUGGACAGCGAUGAAGGGGAAGAGCCGUCACCUGAAGCUCUGGUCCGUUACCUUUCGAUGAGAAGGCACACAGUUGGAGUAGCUGACCCACGGACGGAAGUCAUGGAGGACCUGCAGAAGCUCCUGCCUGGCUUCCCCCGUGUCACCCCGCAGGCCCCGUUCCUGCAGGUGACCCCGAAUGUGAACUUCAUGCACAACGUGCUGCCGAGGCAGAACCUGCAGCCCACGGGUCAGCUGGAGUACAAGGAGCAGUCCCUGCUGCAGCCCCCCACGCUGCAGCUGCUGAACGGCAUGGGCCCUCUGGGGCGGAGGGCGUCAGAUGGCGGAGCUAACAUCCAGUUACACGCACAGCAACUGCUGAAGCGUCCUCGAGGUCCAUCUCCGCUCGUCACUAUGACGCCAGCUGUCCCAGCUGUCACCCCUGUGGAUGAGGAGAGCUCCGAUGGGGAGCCGGACCAGGAAGCUGUGCAGAGAUACUUGGCAAAUAGGUCAAAAAGGCACACUCUGGCAAUGACCAACCCUACAGCUGAAAUCCCUCCAGACUUGCAGAGGCAGCUAGGACAGCAGUCCUUCCGACCCCGGGCUUGGGCUCCACACCUGGUACCCGAUCAGCACCGUUCUAUUUACAAGGACUCAAAUACUCUGCACCUUCCCACCGAACGCUUCUCCCCGGUUCGGCGCUUCUCUGAUGGUGCUGCCAGCAUCCAGGCUUUCAAAGCCCACCUGGAGAAGAUGGGCAAUAACAGUAGCAUCAAACAGCUUCAGCAGGAGUGCGAGCAGCUUCAGAAGAUGUACGGUGGGCACAUGGACGAGAGGACGCUGGAGAAGACACAGCAGCAGCACAUGUUGUACCAGCAGGAGCAGCACCAUCAGAUUCUUCAUCAGCAGAUCCAGGACUGUAUCCGGCCGCCGCAGCCAUCUCCACCCUUGCAAGCUCCAUGUGAAAACCAGCCAGCUCUGCUCACUCACCAGCUUCAGAGGUUACGGAUUCAGCCAUCCAGCCCGCCCCCGAACCACCCUAAUAACCAUCUCUUCAGGCAGCCAAACAGCAGCCCCCCUCCUGUGAGCAGCAGCGUGCUCCAGCCCCACGGUGCUGCCUCCCAGUCCCAGUUCCAAGGGAUGCCGUCCCACAACACAAUCUUCCCGCAGUCUGGUAACUGUUCCCCUCCCCCAAACAUGGGGCUGACGUGCCUGGGCCUGCAGCAGCAGUCGCAGCCUCAGCAGGUCACUAUCCAAGUGCAGGAGCCUGGUGACAUGGUCAGCAACAACCUCCUGCAAGGGGCCUCCGUGGCCGGGCAGGGCAUGCCCUCCCACGCGCGGGGCAUGCCCAUCAGCCCCAGCGCCAACCAGAUCCAGAUGCAGCACCGCGCUAACCUGAUGGCCUCCCUCACCUAUGGCCACAGGCAGCUGUCCAAGCAGCUCAGCGCCGACAGCGCCGAGUCGCACAGUCUGAACGUGAGCAGGUAUCCCCCCGCCAACUACGACCAGGUGCACUUACACCCCCACCUGUUCCCAGAGCAGCCUCGCGUUUCCCCCAGCAACUACAGCCCCUCGGGAGGAGUUGGGUUUCCUCCAGCUCAGCAAGCUCUGAAAGUCCCGCAGCUUGACCAGUAUCCCAGUUUCCCUCAAAAUGCACAUCAGCAACAGCAGCACUACACUGCAUCGGCACUACAGCAAGCACUGUUGUCCCCGACGCCUCCCGACUACAGCCGACACCAGCAGGUACCGCACAUCCUCCAGGGACUGCUUUCUCCCCGGCACUCGCUCACGGGGCACACGGACAUGCGGCUGCCCCAGGCAGAAUUUGCACAGCUCAUCAAACGGCGGCAGCAACAGCAGCAGCAGCAAGAAUUUCAAGAGUUGUUCAGGCAUAUGAGUCAAGGGGAUGCUGGGAAUAUGGGCACCAGCGUGGGACAGAACCUCUCGGAGCGCCAGUCGUUGUCUUUGCCUUACCAGAGUGCCGACACGUACCACCCGCAGAGCAGCCCCCAGCACCUCUUAAAAAUCAGGGCGCAAGAAUGUAUCCAGCAGGUACCCGGGUCAGUGCCGCCGCACGGAUACGUACACCAGCCAGCCCUGUUCCAUUCGGAGAGCAUGGAGGAGGACUGCGCGUGCGAGGGCGCCAGGGACAGCUUUCCAGACAGUAAGAGUUCAAACACAUUGACCAAAGGUUGCCACGAGACCCCUCUGCUUGUAAACGCAGGAGGGCACGGGGACCCAGAAUCUUUGCUAGGAACUGCUAAUCACGUGCAGGAGCUGGGGACGCAUCAAUACAGACAUCAGCCCGCUGCUGGAUUCAGUAGGAAUAAGGUGCCCAGCAGAGAGUCCAUCGUAGGGAACUGUAUGGACAGGAGUUCCCCCGGCCAAGCGAUGCAGGUGCCUGACCACAAUGGACUGGGCUACCCUGUGCGACCUGCCUCCAGCGAGCACCCGCGGCCCAGGACCCUGCAGAGACAUCACACCAUUCAGAACAGUGAUGAUGCCUACGUGCAGUUAGAUAACUUGCCUGGCAUGAGUUUAAUGGCAGGAAAAGCACUAAGCUCUGCUCGGAUGUCCGACGCUGUCCUCAGCCAGUCAUCGCUGAUGGCCAGUCAGCAGCUGCGCGACCGGGAGAGCGAGGAAUGCGGGGAGAGUUUGGAAGGUCAAGAGCAUCCCAGCCUCGGUGAUGGCAACCAGCAUCUAAACACCUCCUGCUACCCAUCGACGUGUAUUACGGACGUCCUGCUGAGCUACAAGCACCCGGAGGUGCCCUUCGGGAUGGAGCAGGCGGGGGUGUAACCAGGAGGGAGUUUUGCGUACAGCUUUGAAACGAAAAGGUCCAUUUUAAACCAACAGUAUCUAGCAGCGUUGCGCCAAAUUGCCGUAGUAUUUCUGACUAACUGGAAUACCAUGGCCCCUUUCCUCAUAAUCAGUUCAUCCAGUGUGUUGUUCCUUUGGUUUCUUUAAUUUUUGCCAUAUUUGCCUGUAACUCCAGCUAUCACAGAAAUAACCAGAGAACCUGAGUCCUACACGUCGGCAGAGGAUUCACGGAGCCUGAGCACUGAGUCUGGUUUGGAGGGCUUUUACUGACCGGGGCCUCCGCUCCCGGCAGCGCGAGCGGACGGACUGACGCCUCCCUGGAACCUGCCCUGGCGGGGAGCGGAGCGGGCGGGUGCGUGGAGCGGGGCCCCGGCGGACGGGAUCCGGAGCCGCUCCGCGGAGGCCGUGCUGUCCUUCCGCUCCCUGACCCUCUGCGCCGGGGAAGGGCCGCCGUACCCGAGCCUGGCGGCGCUGGCCGGGGGCGAGGACGCUGCCAGCCCGGCCCCGGCGGCAGCAGGUCGCGCGUCCCAGCGCGGGGCUCGGCCGGCCGGCCGGCGGGGAGCACCCACCCCUGGUGCAAUACGCUUCUUGUCUCAUCUUUGUCUGCUUUAGUUCCUUCUCUCCGUCUGUCAGUGUGCUGAAAGGAUCGCCUCUUCCCCGCCCGCCCCAACCUGUUCUUUUCAAAUCUGCGUACGACUUGGGGUUGUUUUGUUGUUUUUCCUUUCUUUUUCCUGGCUUAAUGUAGGGAAGACGGAUUUUUCUUUGUUUUCUUGGCUUCUCCUCCUGAUCAUGUAGGAAUUGUUUUUUGGUAAAUGUUGUUUUAUUAUUAUUGUUAUUAAUAAAAGGCAAAAGGAAUUUCUGUUUGAGAGAAAUUUUUAACUAGAUUCUGUUCUAUAUGAAUUGUGACUUGCACCUUUUGUUCAAAGUAUUUUAUUUCUUUUAAUGACAUUGUACUUGUGACUGGUUUUUCUCUCUCGUGCCAGUGGCGACAGUGGUAUUCUCCUUUAUACAGUUCCAAUGUGCGUAGGUCUCUUCUGUGUCCUUCUUUCCAUCCUUUCCUUGACGGAUAGAGUGCGAAGCCCCCCCCAGCCGGGGCUCGGGAGCACUUGGUGUCAUCAUCGCCUUUGGGACUUUACAAGCUACAGCUCAGAUUCUUCUUAUUGACACUUUUCUGGAAUAUUUUUUAAAAAAAAGGAAAGAAUCGACCCAGCCCUCCUGAAUUUGCACAGAAGGAAGUGUGAAACCAGCACGGCAGAGGUGACUUUGCUAUCCUUACCCACGCCCCUCCCGGCCUCCCCCCUCCCCGGCCCGGGGCAAGGAAGGCUAACCGGCUCUGCCAUCCCGAAAACCAGAGGGGAGAGAAACUGCGGCCGCCGAGCGGCGUCGCCCCGGCCGGUGCUUCCGCGGGGGGACGCGGGGAGCCAGGCGGGGCCCGCCGGGCCGAGCGGGAAACACUGAAAGCCUUUCGCUCUGUCCCUUUGGUUCGUUUUCCUUUUGUUUACAUGACACUGUAUUUCUGGGAGAGUCGACGGCCACCCUACAGCAAGCAUCCGAAACAGCAGGGACUCGCUUAACCGUGCCAUUUCGCAGUAUCACACUUUUUUUUUUAUCAUUGCUUUGUAUUGUAGUAAUCAAUACGCGCAGUAUAUGUUGAAUGUAUAUUAAUAUACUUUGCUAUUAUUUCUGUUUUUUGGAAAUGUCAGAAGUAUUUUUUUUCCUCCUCAUUUAUGUUGGACUAAAAAAAAGUUUGGGUAAAUCUUCAGUCCAUUUUUUGUGGGUCACUUGCAACUAGUCAAUUAGUUGGACAGUGGGAUCAUGACAAAUAAAACCAUGAUUAUGAUCUUC